CCUUCAUUCCCUCACUUGCAACAUCACACUGCACUCUAUUUUGUUCCGACGCCCCUCGACACGCUUCUUGAUGUGAUCUGCUUCUUCCAGGAGGCUCGCACAGAGUCUGACGAUGACGACACCGGCACAGACACUACCCUAAGAACUACGCGUCACACCGUGCCGUAACAUUUAUUACUGUCAAAACUCUCGCAAGCAAUCGCAGUCUCCGCUCGUGCAACCGGAGUGUAUCACUUCAAAGGACUUUACAGAUAACAGCAGCCAGUCAAGAUGUCGCCUGAUCUCAACACAAUUCCGCAGACGCCCCGCGCUGUGGCCAGUGGUGCUGCAGCUGCAUCAACAUCCCAUCACUCCUCAACUCCGACUUCACGACGCGCAUCGCAAAUUUUCCCGAUGAGCCCACCUCCUUUACCUCUGGCUUCGCCAAGCGGAGCCCUUCCUACCGCUUCAAAUACUACGGCCCAGCCGUUCCCACCGCUGAGUCCUGGCAUGGCUUCAGUACACCCACCUUCAGAUAGAGACAUUGCAGGCGUGCCCAUGCGGCACCCACGCCCUUUGACGGCCGCUGAGCUUCAUCUAGAGCUCGAAAAAGAACAAGAGGCCGUGGUCAAUCGUCUAACCCGUGAACUCUCUGCUCUCCGGGCACAUUCCGCUUCCGUUGCAUCCACCGCAUCGUCAACAGCCUCGGGUGGUGCCCUCCUCUUCGACGCAACCGACCCUUCGGCUCAACAUACCGGCGCCUUGACUGGUCCAACGCACCCGACUGCAUCCCGCCGCCACCGCAGCUCUUCUAGCAUAUCGCGAACAAGCCAAAGCACGGGCUACGUGCCGCACUCAGCAUCCAGCUCCGCCGCCGGCCCGCACCGAUACUCGAUGUCGUCACAGCCCGGCAGCGCGAACGAUGUAGCGCCACCACGAUCGGCAAGUAUAGGCCUGAGCACACCGAGGUACGAGGAGGUUGCACAUUACAGGAUGGAGCUGGAGGAGGCGAAGAGGGAGAAUGAUCUGCUGAGGAGGAAGAUCAGGGAUUUGGAGAGGACGCUGAGGGGAAGGAGGGAUAGCAGCACGGAUACGCAGCCCAGAGGACGCCGGGAGAGGGCAGGUGAUAAUGCGGGAUCCGGGAAUACGAUUAGCGAGGCCAGGGCUUGAGCCGUCAAGCGGAGAAUGGGGAGAGUCGUGCAGGCAUGCCGGACAGAUUGGGAGAGUGGAUCGGAGACCAAGUCCCGAGGACAGCCUUGUCCAGGCGGCGGAGAGAGUAUAAGACCACAUCCGGGGGGAAUGGUGGCAUUCAUGAAUUAUGAUACUAGUCUGUCAUAGUCGUAACCAGGCGACGAUACGAGCAAUAAGUACGCCUCACAGUCUUUACAACGCAGUAAUACGACGCUUCACAGAACAUCAAGCGCUAUCGUGACGCAGCUUACAGUACUAAAGUACCAAAGCUAUAUAUAUAACAAAUCAAAACAAAAUCAAAUUCUCC